ACAGAGCGGCAGAGAGAGGUGGGACAGGGAGCAGGAGAGAGGGACGGAGGGGAAGGGUGAGAGGAGAAAGGCAGGGAAGAGAGAAAGAAAGGGAGAGGCAGGGACAGAGAGCAAGGGAAGGACGGGAAACAGCCCAGAGAGACUGAGAAACAGAGGGAUGCGGAUCAGGACAAGGAGGGGCAGAAGGACAGAACAGCGGUGGCCUCCAGGAUGGAGACGGCGGAGGAGCGGAAGGGGAUGGGGAGCAGGACGGAGGCCCAGAGAGAAGAGAGAAGGCCCAGCCAGCUGAGCAGGGGAUACAGGCAGGAACGAGGGGACAGGCUGCAGGAGAGAGAGGAAUGAGAAAAGCCAGACAGGGAGUGAGACAGAGAAAGAAAGAGAAAGAAGAAAAUAGUGAUGGGUUAAAGACAGAGAGGGAGGAAUUAAAAAAUGGGGGCAGGGACCCAGACAGAGCAUGAUGGGGAGUGACCAGAAAUAGCAAUUCUGGGCAACUGCCCCCGUUUCUUGAGCACUCCCCAGGAACUGCAUCACCGGGAGCCUCGAGGAAUGUGCUGCCUGCCAAAGCCCUGCCCUGGGCCCAGUCCUGAGCCCUAAUAUUGGUGAUGAGCAUUGCCCUGCAUAGUGGCCAGGACUGAGGGCAAAAAAGGACAGCUGGGGGUAAAAAAAUUACCCAGCUGGUUUUGGGUUGGGUUUUUUUUGCUUGAUGUUUUUGCUUUUAAAAAGAAUACUGUUUAAGCUCUAAAUACAAACUGCAAGGAAAAAGGAACCAGGCGUACCAGUCUGGACACAUUUAAAGCCUGAACCCAUUCAACAGCUGCACCAACCACCACUGGCUCCUGCUGCACACGCUCCACCGCCUGCCUGCAGGGAGACCCAGUGGAGAAGUACCAUGUGCUGGAGAGCGUCCUUCAGGGAGGUGACAGCCGAUUGCAGAGCAACACUGAGACCCGCCUGACAGCAAAGGUGCUUGGUGGCCACAGAGGAGCCCAGUCCAGGUACAUCAGCCUCCAAGAAAAGAAGAAGUCUAAAGGCAGCAUCCUCCCCAGCAAGUUUUGUUCUAGGCGUCAGUCUGCCCGAUGUCCACUGUGGAACUGGGGCCUGUGAAGAAUGAUGACGAGAGGUGCUGGGACUGCUUUCUCGAGGAAGAGCUCCAGGCUGAGCCUUGGGCCAGAGAAGUCCAAGCUCACAGGGACGGGCCUGCACAGGCUAUGUAGAAGACGGACCACUGUGGAUCUGGAUCGGGCUGUGCCCGUAGCCGAUGGCCACCCGACUGCUCAGCCGGAUCUUGUCCGGGAGCCUCAGGGCAACCCCACAGAUGUGGCUGGACGUAAUGGAUAUCCAGCUUCCCAGCUGGGUUCCAGGGCUGACACGCAGGGAGAUCGCACGGAUGUGGGUACAGGGAGGGCUUUUCCAGCUUCUCGGCUGGGUCCCGUGCUGGAGCUCACCUGGCAUCCCAGGGGUCCUCAAAGAGCAAAGCAUAAAGCUAAAGCUGAAAUAGGAAAAUCUUCCCAGUGGUCACCAGAAGUCCUAAAGGAAAUCCUGAAGGAAUUGGACAAAGCAGCACGUGAGAUGGACUGUGAGACUGUGGAGAAGGAGGCGUUUCAGGAAGGAGACAGUGACGCAGUGCCAGUCUCUGAUGAAAAAACAGGGGCAAUUCAAUCAACAGGCGUGCCAGUGGCAGUGCUGUCCAGCCCCGGAGAAGCCCACCACGCCAGGAGAUAUGAAUUUUCUCCAAAGAACGCAGGUGUGGAUGGCAAGAGAAACACAAAUGGGAUGGAUCCUCAAGAUUUCCGGUACUACUGCAUAGAAGGUGCCGUGGCGGUCUUGGGCUCCGUGCUGUUUGGAAUGAUAUUGUGUUGUGUGAUCCGUGUGUGGAGGAAGAGACAACGGCGCCUCUCCGCAGCUUCGCGAGCCCGGCACGACACCAGCAGCUGCUCCUCGGGCCUGGACAGCCCGAGCAGCCGCCCCAGCACCCCGGAGAGCUGGACCCGACGGCAAAAGCCAUCACCUGUGCCUGGAAAACCAGCUCGCCUGCCACAGAGCACCAGGGAACGGGCCUCCGCCAGCCCGGACAGCCGCCCGGCCCGCCCGCCUCCACCCCGGCCCCCAUGGCUGUCCAACUCAGCCAGCCGGGUGUUGCGGGACCAGCCCAGCGACCUCGAGCCCCCAGAGGAGUUGCAGCCACCCGCCCGCGCCCCAAGCCCAUCGCGCCGGCCCUCCUGCAAGGGCCUGAGCCAGCCCCGCCAGGGUAUGGGUUUGGGCUACGGUGACAGACUCCUGACGGACAGCUUCAGGGAUCGACCGUUCAUGUCCGAAUAACAGCACAGCAAU